GUUUAGCCGAGAGGCCGUUGCCUUCCUGCGGCAACUGGCCAAGGCCCGUGCCCGCGAGUCGCCUGCGCGGCUCCGUGCGGCCGUGCGCGUGCCUCCCUGCACCGAUGGAUGGGCAUGCUGGACGUGGCGGCACAACGCGCACUGGCUUACUCGCUGCUCGAGUUGCCCCUGGCGGGAGCGGACGAAUGCGACGGCACCGAGCCGCCACUGGGCGAUCUACUGGCGGACGUAG